CUAGAGUAGAGAGCACACGUAGCGAGAGCUGCAAGAUACAAGAGACAAAGUAAGGAGGCAGACCACCAGAGCCAGGCGCUCACGUUUUCGUACUCCAGUUUCUCUCUUCUUCGUCGUCUUCUUCCUCAACAGACUGCUCUCUCCGCCAUUGCUAGUGGCUGCUUCGCUGUUUUCCUGGCAAGUUGCUCGUGAGCGAAGAUGUCUAGGGUUUCGAGGUUUCAGUUGUUGGGGAUACUGUGGCUUUUCGCAUGGAUGGUGGGCACAGAGGCUGACUCCCCGAAAUACAAAGAUCCGAAGCAACCAGUGGGAGUUCGGAUCAAGGACCUAUUGAGUCGAAUGACACUAGAGGAAAAGAUUGGUCAGAUAGCCCAACUUGACAGAUUAUCAGCUACCCCUGAGAUAAUGCGGACCUACUCCAUUGGUAGUGUCUUGAGUGGUGGGGGGAGUGCACCACUUCCUGAUGCUUCAGCUAAGGAUUGGAUUGAUAUGAUAAAUGGGUUUCAGAAAGGAUCUAUGUCCAGUCGUUUAGGGAUUCCCAUGAUUUAUGGGAUCGAUGCUGUUCACGGACACAACAAUGUGUAUAAUGCCACCAUAUUCCCUCAUAAUGUAGGGCUUGGAGCCACCAGGCAAGUCUUGAUGACAUUCAUGAGGGUUUUCUUCAUUAGGGACCCAGACUUGGUGAAGAGAAUUGGUGCUGCAACUGCUCUUGAAGCUAGAGCCACAGGAAUUCCUUACGUUUUUGCUCCAUGCAUAGCGGUUUGUAGAGACCCAAGGUGGGGUCGGUGUUAUGAGAGCUACAGCGAGGAUCCCAAAGUUGUUAGAGAAAUGACUGAAAUCAUACCUGGGUUACAAGGAGAUAUGCCUUCUAAUUCUCGGAAAGGAGUUCCUUAUGUCAUUCCGAAGAAUAAAGUUGCAGCUUGCGCUAAGCAUUUUGUGGGAGAUGGCGGAACAACCAAGGGCAUCAAUGAAAACAAUACGGUAAUAGACAGGCAUGGACUGUUGAGCAUUCACAUGCCUGCCUAUGAUGACUCUGUGAUCAAAGGCGUAUCGACUGUCAUGGUAUCUUACUCCAGCUGGAAUGGGGAAAAGAUGCAUGCUAACCGCGAGCUAGUAAUGGGCUUCCUCAAGGGUACCCUUAAGUUUAAGGGGUUUGUUAUCUCAGAUUGGCAAGGUAUAGACAAGAUUACCUCAAACCCGCACGCAAACUACACAUACUCUGUGCAAGCAGGGAUUCUAGCUGGCAUUGAUAUGGUCAUGGUUCCGUACAACCAUACAGAGUUCAUUGAUGAUCUUACUCUCUUGGUAAAGAAAAAUGUCAUUCCAAUGGAUCGGAUUGAUGAUGCUGUUGGAAGGAUUUUGCUGGUUAAGUUCAAUCUGGGACUAUUUGAAAACCCUAUGGCUGACCUGAGCUUUGUCAAUGAACUUGGAAGCCAGGCACAUCGUGACUUGGCAAGGGAAGCUGUGAGGAAAUCACUUGUGCUGUUGAAGAAUGGGAAAAAUGGGACUCAACCAUUGCUACCCCUUCCCAAGAAGGCUUCAAGAAUUCUAGUUGCAGGCACCCAUGCCGAUAAUUUGGGCUAUCAAUGUGGUGGAUGGACGAUUAAUUGGCAAGGAUUUAGUGGGAACAAUGAUACAAGAGGAACGACGAUCCUUGCUGCCAUAAGUGCCACGGUUGAUCCAAAAACAGAUGUUGUCUUCCAAGAGGACCCGACCAAGCAAUUUGUGGAGGAGAGCAACUUCAGUUACGCAAUUGUAGUUGUUGGUGAGCCGCCGUAUGCUGAGACUGCAGGAGACAGCAGUGAUCUGACAAUGAAGUUCCCAGGUCCAAGUAUCAUCAGCAAUGUAUGCGGGGGAUCUGUGAAGUGUGUGGUUGUGGUCAUAUCAGGGAGACCCAUUGUACUUGAGCCGUACGUGAACUCAAUUGACGCCCUGGUGGCAGCUUGGUUACCUGGCAGCGAAGGGCAGGGAGUAGCAGAUGUGCUCUUUGGGGACUUUGGAUUCAGUGGGAAACUUCCAAGGACUUGGUUCAAGAGUGUUGAUCAACUGCCAAUGAACCUUGGAGAUGCGCAUUAUGAUCCACUCUUCCCCUUCGACUAUGGGCUCAAGACAGAGGCGUUGAAUGGCUCGGUCGCAAGGUCAACAUCAGAUGGUGCUGAUCGUCGGCCAUGCGCACUUGCUCUACUGAUUUCCCUAGCUGUCUACUUCUGGCUAUCAAAAGUGUAGCAGCGUCCUAGGGCAAUGAAGGCAGAUGUAGCCUCAGUGUAAGUAGUGAAGUUGUUAGGAAAGCUCGGAGGAUGGGGAUGACAUUUGCAAGUUGAUAGAUAGAUAAUUCAUUAGCAGGAUUGCAGGUUUUCGCUCGUCGGAUCGCGUUCUUCCCCGUCAUUCCUCUCUGCUGAGUUUAUUUGAUUGCUGUACAUUACAUUUGCAACCAAGAUAUGGACUUCUGGGCAAAGACGUCUUGGCUCGGAUUUCGUUUUCCUUUGAAGUAGGCCCUUAUGAAGACGAGCCAGCCAGAAUCGGCAUUCGCUAAAAAUGGCUGCGUAAUUUGCAGUGUCUCCCGUGAAAUUCCAAGCUGCUUUCAUUUCACUAGGAAUCAAAUUCUUGCUUUCAAGGCUGAUCUUGAGGAAAAUACCUUAGCACUUCCCAA